UUGGCUAGCGAUCUCAAACCAGGAAGUUCGAGAGGAAAUUGAUGGUAAACAAGAUGUUGCGGACAGGAUAGUGUACAAAUCAGUACUCUUAACAUGUUUUAUUUGGCAUUCGGUUGUACGCUAAGCUUCUAAAAGUAAAGCAGGGUCUCUUUGCGUUGUAAAGUUUUAUUCUCAAAUAAAACUCAAAAAUUUGACAGAAAGUGAUGAGCAGCUGUUCCACCUGCUCAGUCUGCAGCCCUCCGCUCACUACUUCUUUAGCACAGACGUCCAGCAUGUUGGACGCUGCCGCCGAGCAAAUGAUGGUCGAUAAAGAUUUCCAGGCAGCCUUUGAAACGUGCGAAAGAGGCCUGGAGAUUCUCGCCAGCAUGGACCAAGAGGACAACAGAUGUCGAGAAUUUAAGGCCGGUUUCUGUAUCUUAGGGAUUCAAGCACAGGCUGAGUUAAAUCAGUGGCAUGGUGUCCUCUCCUGGGUGCUUCAACAGUAUGAGCACCUGGAGAAAAUACCAGCUAAAAUAAUGCAGAUGUGCAUACUUCUUUACUCAAAAGUGGGAGAGCCAGCCGCGAUGCAGGAGGCAGCCAGAGUUUGGUUACACUGUCCGUCCAAUGGCAGAGCAACAGGGUUCGGGACGGUGGCAGAGCUGUACUUGCUGCAUGUCCUCGUGCCUCUUGGACACAGAGACGAGGCUCUGGAGCUGAUUGACGGUGAGGUUGGGAGCAUUGCGUUCACAGAGGACCAGAGGCAGACGGCACUGGAUGUUGUGGAAGAAAAAGAGAGACAGAAUCAAGAGCCGCCUCUAAAUCCCAGUCCAAACUCUGAGAUCACUCCACAUACGGUUUCAAGUCAAGGAGCUGUAAUCCAUAAACUUCGAACCAUGCUCAGGUUUUUCUACAGAAAACUUUCGUUGACCAGAUCCGGCUCGUUCCCUCUCCGGAGAGUCUUUAUGGCUGCUGUCCUUCUCUACAUGCUUUUUCUUCGAAUGGAUCCAGCUCUUCCGUCUUCAUUCAUGUGGAUUUCCAAACUUCUUCAACUGCUCAAACAGAUGUGGAGUGCCAUGUGUGCACCGUACUAUCAGGCUCUCACUCAGAGCAAAGAACUGUAAAAGACUGAAAAUCACAA